AUGCCGACGCAACAACCCGAAAUGCUCGCCUACGUGUUUGGCGACCAGACGCACGACCUCACAGACGACCUGCUGGGUCUGCUGCAGUCACGAGACGACCCCCUCGUCGUCAACUUCCUCGAGAGGAGCUGCGCGGUCCUCAAGUCCGAGACGGCCCGUCUGCCCCCCGACCACCAGGCGCGGUGUCCGCGCUUCUCUUCGAUAGCAGACCUCCUCGCGCCGUACUCCGAGAGGGCCCUCAACCCCUGCCUCGUCCAGGCGCUGACCUGCAUCACGCAACUCGGCCUGUUCAUCCGUCAACAUAGCAGCCGGUGCGAGGCGUAUCCGUCGCCGGAAAGGACGUGCCUGGCCGGUGUCUGUACCGGGGCCAUUGCUGCCGCGGCCGUCGGCUUCGCCCACAGCGCGCCCAGUCUGCUGUCGCCGGCUCUCCAUGCAGUGACGGUGGCGGUUCGCGUAGGGGCUCUGGCAUGGGAUGUUGCGGACAGGAUUUCCCACCACCACGGGGAUGAUGAGUCUGCUCCUCCUACAGAGACCGACGCCGCCGCCUUCGAGUCGUGGUCUCGCGUAGUGGCGGGAUGCUCCUUGUCGACCUUGAACGACACGCUCCUCCGGUACGCCUCGGACAAUGGUCUUUCCGCCAUCAAAACGCCUUAUAUAUCAGCCGUUCUUGGACCCACGCAAGCAACGGUCUCCGGGCCACCCGAAGUGCUCUCCGAUUUCUUCACCUCCGCCGCCUGUAAGGAGAUGGCCCCGUCGUCGGCUUCGCUGCGCAUCACAGCCCCGUAUCACUCGGCCGUCCUGUUCCAUGAGGAGGAUAUCGAGCAGAUCCUCGAGGGCGUCCCCAAGAGCGGGCGUCGGCCUGAUGUCGAUGGCAUCCCCAUCAUCUCCAUCAGCGCUGAGGGUCAGCAACAACAACAAGAAGAGCAAGGGCUGUACAAGGCUGUGAGCAGCCAGAACCUGCACGACGCACUUGGACAGGCCGUACGCGAGUGCCUGAUACGAGCAGUGGCUCUGGAUAAACUGCCAGCCCGCAUCGCCGAGCACGCAAAGGCGGUCGUCGCGCCGGCCGGGACGCAACACCCCGCCAGAGUCUCCCUGCGGUUCUUUGGUGUGCAGAACAGGGAGAGCCUCGUGGCCCAGAUGCGUCUCCUGCUUCCCUCUGACGCCUACCGCGUAACACAAGCAAUGACCGGCCAGACUCUGGAAGACUGCCCAGCAUCGCCAUCGCCAUCGGUAUCGGCGUCCAUCCCUAACAGCAGUCGGAACGUCCCGGAAGCAGCCGCCGGCGAGGGGUCCAAUGCCAAACAGCCUCUCGCCAUCCUGUCGGCGUCGGGACGAUUCCCCGGCAACGCGGACACGAUGGACCAGUUCUGGGACAUCCUGUACAACGGCAUCGACACGCACGAGAUGGUCCCGCCCUCGCGGUGGGACGCGUCGACGCACGUGGGCGACACGUCGAUCAAGAACGUCUCGGGCACGGGGUACGGCUGCUGGCUUCACCAGGCCGGCCAGUUCGACACGACCUUCUUCAACAUCUCGCCGCGCGAGGCGUCCCGCAUCGACCCGGCGCAGCGGCUGGCGCUCAUGACGGCGGCCGAGGCCCUCGAGAAGGCCGGCAUCGUGCCGGACCGGACCCCGUCGACGAUGCGGCACCGCGUCGGCGUGUGGUACGGGUCCUGCAGCAUGGACUGGCUCGAGACGAACUCGGCCCAGGACAUCGACGCCUACUUCAUCCCGGGGGGCGCGCGCGCCUUCAUCGCGGGGCGCGUCAACUACUUCUUCAAGUUCACCGGCCCCAGCUUCACCGUCGACACGGCCUGCAGCUCCAGCCUCGCCGCGCUGCACCUGGCGUGCAACGCCCUCUGGAGGGGCGAGGUCGAUACCGCCGUCGUCGGCGGCACCAACAUGACGACCAACCCGGACAUCACCGCCGGCCUCGACCGGGGCCACUUCCUCUCCCGCACGGGGAACUGCAAGACCUUUGACGACGCCGCCGACGGGUACUGCCGCGGCGAGGCGGCCGUCACGCUGGUGCUGAAGCGGCUCGGCGACGCCCGCCGGGACAACGAUCCCAUCGAGGCGUGCCUCCUCAGCGUGGCCACGAACCACAACGCCGAGGCCGAGUCCAUCACGAGGCCCAACACGGCGGCGCAGAGGGAGCUCUUCCGGGGCCUGCUGGCCGACGCCGUCGUCCGGCCCAACGACAUCAGCUACGUCGAGAUGCACGGCACCGGCACCCAGGCCGGCGACGCCGGCGAGACCUCGUCCAUCGUCAACACCCUCUCGCCGCUGACGGCCCGCGGCUCGUGCCUGAGACCGGCCUCGAGCCCGCUCUACCUCGGGGCGGCCAAGGCCAACGUGGGCCACAGCGAGGCCGCCUCGGGCGUCACGAGCAUCGCCAAGGUGCUGAUGAUGAUGAAGCACUCCAUCAUCCCGCCGCACAUCGGCGUCAAGACCGAGUUCAACCGCCGCCUGCCCAACCUGGCCCAGCGCAACGCCCGUAUCGCCAUGGUCCCCACCGCCUGGCCGAGGCCGCCGCACGGGGGAAGCCGCCGGGUGCUGCUGAACAACUUUUCCGCGGCCGGCGGCAACACGUCCAUCGUCAUGGAAGACGCGCCACCGCUGCCCACCUGUGUUACCGGUGGUGGUGGGACGGGGAUCGACCCGAGGCGCCGUCACGUCGUCACCAUCUCGGCCAAGACGCCCGAGUCCCUCGUCUUGAACGUCGCCAACCUCGCCCACUGGCUCGAGGACGAGGCCGAGGCAGAGGUGUCGUCACAGCAGCAGCAGCAGCAGCAGCAGCAGCAGCAAGACGCCACCAACCAGAACCUCCUCGCCCAGCUCUCCUACACGACCACGGCCCGCCGCACCCACCACCGCUACAGGGUCGCCGUCGUGGCCGGCAGCCCGUCCAAGCUGGCCUCGUCCCUCCGGAAGCAGCUCGAGACGCUCAACGGCGGCGACAAGAUCCUCCCCGCGCCGUCCAGGGCGCCCGGCGUCGUCUUCACCUUCACGGGCCAGGGGUCGCAGUACGCCGGCAUGGGCGAGGCGCUGUACGCGCGCUCCGCCUCCUUCCGGACCGACCUGCGGCGCUGCGACCACCUCUGCGUCCGCAUGGGCUACCCGUCCAUCGCGGCCCUGUUCGACACGGCGGCCUCGACCCGGGACGCCUUCGACCGCGCGUCCUUGACGUGUCUGCAGCUGGCGCACGUCUCGUUCCAGAUGGCCUUGUGUAAGCUGUGGGAGUCGUUCGGCAUCACCCCCACGGCGGUCGUGGGCCACAGUCUCGGCGAAUACGCGGCGCUCUACGCUGCCGGGGUCCUCUCGCAGUCCGACGUGCUCUAUCUCGUUGGCAGACGCUCCCAGAUCAUGGAGGAGCAGCUCCCCGAAGGCACGCACGCCAUGCUCGCCGUCAAAGCCGGGGAGGCGAGCAUCGUGCAACACCUCGACGUCGGCGUCGGCGUCGGCGAGGUUCUCGAGGUCGCAUGUCGGAACGGCCCGGCCAACACUGUCCUCGGCGGCGCCAUCUCUGAUAUCCAAGAGGCGCAGUCCGCUCUCGAGGCCAAGGGCAUCCGCUGCCGCGUCCUUGAGACGGCGCAUGCCUUUCACACCGCCCAGGUUGAGCCGGUGCUCGCGUACUUCCGCAAAGCGACACGGAGCGUCGUCAUGCGGCGGCCCAGGAUCCCCGUCCUCUCCCCCGUCCUCGGCAAGGUCCUCCGGGAGUCGGCGGACUUUGGAGACGACUACUUCGUCAAGCACUGCCGGCAGCCCGUCAACCUCGUGCAGGCCGUAUCUGCCGCCGCCGUCGAAGGCGUCGUGGGCAAUCGCACCUUCGCCAUCGAGAUCGGGCCGGCUCCCCUCGUUGCCCCGAUGGUGCGGGACAUCAUCGGGAACAGGACGACGAUGCAGACCUGCGCCUCGGUCAACAAGACCAUGGACCCCUGGCAGCUCCUCGCAGAGGCCCUCUCGCGGCUGUACCUGGCCGGCGUCUCCGUCGACUGGAACAAGUACCACCAGGACUUCCCCGAGUGCCACCGCGUCCUCCCGAUCCCCGUCUACGGCUGGACCCUCAAGGAAUACUGGAUGCAGUACACCAACGACUGGUCUCUACGCAAGGGCGACCCGGCCUGUGUGGCGCCGCGGGAGGUGCCCUUGGCCUUCUCGUCCAUCUACAAGGUCGUCAAGAACACCCUGCAGGCCAGCGCAGGCGGCGAGGCCGUCGUCGACAUCGAUCUGCAAGACGAUGACGAUGUACGCGCCAUGGCCCGGGGACACAAGGUGUAUGGUGUAUCCCUCGUCACUCCGUCCAUGUACGCAGAUGUCGCUCAGAUGAUCGGCAAGUACGUGCUGAGAGACACCAACACCGGCCCCGGGGGUGAGGCCGUCGUUCCGGAGGUCGCCGAGAUGCGCAUCCAAAGCGCCCUCGUGGCCAACGACGUCAACGCCAAGCAGGUCCUGCGCACUACAGCCAAGUUCAACGAGGCCAAGACGAGUCUCUCCUGCUCGUUCUCCAGUGUUGAUAGCAACGGCAAGAUUGUGGAACAACAUGCCAACUGCGUCAUCCGCUUCGUCGACGUCGAUGCCGUCCGCGCCCGCUCCCGGGAGGCCGCCGAUCACGCCGCGGCCUGCAUGAAGGACAUGCAGUCGUGCUUCGGCGUCGACGACAACAUCUUCCGCCUCAGCCGGUCCAUGCUGUACAAGAUGGUCGGCAAGAUCGCCGACUUCGACCCGCGCUACCGCGGCCUGUCCUCCUUCACCAUCAACAACGGCACGCUCGAGGCCCUGGGCGUCGCCUCCUUCCAGGGCAUGCCCGAGUCGGGCAAGUGGUUCGCCAACCCGGGCUUCCUCGACGCCGUCUCCCAGCUCGCCGGCUUCGCCAUGAACGCCAACGAGUCCAUCGACAUCGAGAGGGAGGUCUACGUCAACCACGGCUGGGAGUCCAUGACCCUGUUCGCGCCCCGGCUCGACGUCGACGCCACCUACCGUCUCUACGUCAGGAUGAUCCCGGCCGAGAACGACCUGUGGCGCGGCGACGUCUUCGUCUUCGACGACGAGGAGGAGGGGGGCGCCUUGGCCGGCGUCCUGCGCGGCUGCGCGCUCCAGCGCGUGUCCAAGAGGGUCAUGGAGUUCAUCAUCAACUCGGCGAGCAAGAAGUCUUCCUCUUCUUCUUCCUCCAGAGGCAUCGCCGCCGCCCACGAACGGUCUCAGUCCCAGUCGCGCUGGGACACGGGCUUCCCCCGGCGGAGCGCCUCCGAGUCCAGAACCCCAGCCCCCGUCCCGGUCAAAGACCCCGCCACCACACAGGACGCGUGGCCUAGAGCCCUCAAGAUCGUGGCCGAGGAGAGCGGCAUGAAGGAGGACGAGCUUGCCGACGGCGUCGCCCUCGGCGAUAUCGGCGUCGACUCGCUCCUCUCGCUCGUCAUCACGGGCAGGCUUCACGACGAGCUUGACAUCGACCUGCCGGGCCGCUCCCUCUUCGAGGAGUGCCUGACCAUUGGUGACAUCCGAACGUGCCUGUUCGGGGGCGCCGGCGCGCCGCUCGUGGAGGAUGCCGCCGAGCCAAUCGCCUUCACGUCCACGGCCUCCGUCACGGCUUCGUCGACGGCUUGCUCUGACGACACGGACAGCGCGACGACAAUCUCCUCGGGCAGCAGGACACACACGUACGGCAAUAUGGAGGACAGUCACUACCACUCGGGGCUCGAGAUUGGCGAUGGCGUCGGCCACCACGAGAAGAAGACGCUGCAGCAGUCUCCGCCACCAACGGCCAUUUCGCCCGGCAAGGCGCCGCCCGCCUGGUCCAUGUAUGUACAAGGAGCGCGAGGGCGAUCCAAGGAAAACCUCUUCUUCUUCCCCGACGGGUGCGGGACGGCCACAUCAUAUCUGUGCCUGCCCAGCAUCUCACCAGAUUUGGCCCUCAUUGCUUUCAAUUCUCCCUUUGCAAAGAAUCCGGAACGCAUGUACGAAUACUCUCUCCAGGACGUCCUACAAUCCUACCUGGACGGUAUCCGCAGCCGCCAGCCCCACGGCCCUUACCGCCUAGGUGGCUGGUCCGCCGGGGGCAUCCUCGCCUACGCCGCCGCCCAGAAGCUCAUCGCCGCCGGCGAGGACGUCAUUUCCCUGACCAUCAUCGACUCGCCGGCGCCCGUCAGGGGCCUCGAGAUUCUCCCCGAGAGCUUCUACGACCACUGCCUCCGCACGGGCAUCUUCCGCAGCGAGAUGCGCCGCGACACCGUCGCCCGGACGGAUGGCGGCGGGGGCGGCGGGGGCGGCCCGGGCGGGGCCGUGUCCGGGUCCGGUCAGAAGUGGGCCGAUCCCCCCGAGUGGCUCGUGGCGCACUUCCGCGCCGCCACGGCGCUGCUAAGCGACUACUACGCGCAACCCUUACCCGCCGAGGCGGCCCGGAGGAUGCGCGUGACCAUCGUCUGGGCCGGGCAGACGGCCUUCGACGGCGUGCGCUACGCGAGCCUGUCGGAGGCGCUGCGGGCGGACGCGGAGGCGGGAGAGCGCGAGGGCGUGAGGUUUUUGACCGAGUCCCGGACGGACUUCGGCCCGGGAGACUGGGCGAAGCUGUUGCCGGGCGCGGCCAUCUCGACGCACGCCGUUGAGGGCGAGCAUCACUUCAGCAUCAUGCGCGGCAAGGGCGCCGAGAAGGUGGUGGAGUUUGUUAGAGGCGGCCUGUGA